AUGGCGCGGCUGCCAAACCUGGUGCUGCCGUGGGUGCCGAGUCCGAACGAGCGAGGGUCGUCGAGCGACCUGCCCACUCCCGAGAUUCGAGACGACGUGCUGCGAGCCAGGGUGAAGGAAGGUGCGCGUGGGAAUGGGCGUGUAGGAAAUGCGUAUCCGAUCCACGCCAACACUGGAUUGCAAAUCACAUCGUUGCGUUCCACCAACCUGCUUCGUCCUGCUGCUAAGAUCGCCCCGGAUCGCUCGUUCUUGACUCAUUGCUGCCAACGCGGCUGCCUCCACGCGCGUGGAAGCGGCGCGUGGCCGCUGCCUUGCCGCCACGGCCCACCUCCUCUCCGUCAACCGACCUCUCUCUUCUCCCGCUCCCCUACCUUCUUCCCCACCGCUGCGCUCCCCUCUCCCUACUUUCCCCCACCCCCGUUGCGUUCCCCCCUCCCUGCUUCUCUCCCCCGCGCUGCGCUCCACCCUGCCUGUCUUGCCCCUCGCGGCGUGCGCGAGCAGCGCAGCAGACGGCGGCGAGUGCGCGCGUGGGGUGGGCGGGCGGAAGCGGUGUGCUACGGGGUGCUCUUCCUCGCCACGCUGCUGCAGUACCUCUACACCUCCGGCUCCUCGCCUGGGUACGUGCAGGAUGUGGCUGACAGCAUGCAGGCAGCCGUGGCAGCAGCCAAUGCACGCCAUGUCGCCACACACGCCGUGCCACCGCCUUCACCAGCGUCCCCCGCUCCUACUGUGUCUCUUCCGCAAGCAGAGGCAGUGCCUGCACCGCCACAGGCAGGACGAGCAGCUUCACCCGCCAACUCGAUUUCAGCUGCAGUUGCAGUGGCAGCACAAGUGGCAGCAGCAAUGGCAGCAGCAACACCACAGGGGGCAGGGGAGGUUGAAGUGAAGGGCGACACAGAGGAUGGGGUUAGUGAAGCAGAGGAGGAGUGCGAUGGGGCAGUGGAUGGGGUGGGCGUGAAAGGGGGUGAGAGUGCAUUGCUGGAUGGGGUGAAGGAUGAGACGAGCAGGGAUGACGCUUCCCUUGCUGCAGCCCCCUCCUCCCAUGCAUCCCAUCCGUCCCAACCAUCGCACUCGUCCCAUUCAUCUCUCACCUCCUCCAGAUGGUCCACUCCACCCGACUCCUCCCUCCCACAUGCCGCCCCACCCUCUCCCUCGCCCUCGCCCUCACCCUCUGCGUCCGACGCGCUCCGCCUGUCACACGCCCGCAGGGCAGCAGCAGGCGAGUCUGCUGUCCUCCCCGGCCUCCUCACUCCUCUCCUCGCCUCACCCCACCCCUCUGCACCACGGGCUGUGCGCCAGUCCUCCCCAUCCUGCGUGGUGGUGCCCCUGCCCCCUCCCAGGGGGAAAGGGGGUGGCGAGGGGGGCAGGGGGGAGUCUGGUCUGCACUCUCAACCCCUUCCGCUUGCUCCCAGUGCUGAGCGCGCCCAUGGCCCCUGGGCCCUGCUCGCCCCCUGCCUGCCCGGCUGCCGGUGGUGCGGGCACGUGGGGUGCAGGUGGUGCGGGGACAGGGGGUGCCGCUGGUGUGGUGAUGGGGCGGAUGCACCGUGCGAUGACGUAGAGAGAGGGGCGGAGGCUGCAGAGGGAGAGUGGGAGGGACGUAGCUGCUGUGGGGCACGGGCGUGGGGUGCUGCGAGGGUGGGAAAUAAGGGUGAUGGGGGAGAAGAGGGGGAGGGAGGGGGUGUUGAAGGGAGGGAAGGAGGGGCAAGAUUGUUGCUGCUGCCCCUGCCAGCACAGCCAUCUCGACUCACAGCAGCGCAGUCAAAUUUCCUCGUCUCCCAAUUCAGGUCUCCCCACCACUCCCUCCCUCUCGCGCACACCACGUCAUCUCUCUCUUGCCUCCUGCGCUGCAUCUCUUGCAACCCCCCAUCUCUCUGCAAUAGCUUCCGACACUCUCUCCUGCCCAUGGUAGUGCCUACCUCAAGUUCCUCCCUCCACUCCCCCCCCCACCUUCUCAAUCCCAGCAGUGCGCGGCGGUGGUGCCCGUACUGCCGAGUGCAGCAACCAGUGCGCGCCAAGCACUGCUACGACUGCGGCCGCUGUGUGCUGCGCUUCGAUCACCACUGCUUCUGGGUCUCCACAUGCAUCGGCCUGCGCAACCAUGCGCGCUUCUGGGUGUACCUGGUGUUGGAGUGCUGCCUCACGUGCUGGUCGCUGCUCAUCUGCCUCUCCGCCUUCACCGCCCCCAUCUCACCCAACCACUGGCUGGAGCACCAGCUGUCAGCGCUGGCGUUCACGGCGCUGCUGCUGCCGCUCGCCGUGUUCCUCGCCAUCCUCGUGUGCUUCCACACGUGA